UCUUUAAACUAGAGUAGGUGCUAUAAAUAUAGGUUUUUCAACUGAUAUUAAUUUUAUAGCUAUUUAUUCUGAUAUUUCUUACAAUAAGGAAGAUUAGUUACAGGUAAUUAUGUAGGCCUAUAUUAAAUCAUUCAUUAUUACCACUUUCACAAUAUCUCAGAACUGUCAGUCAGUCGAAAGUACGAAACACUUAGCCAAAAUGAUGAACGAAAAAGAACAAACACAAACAGAGAACGAGUACGAAAUGGCAACUCCUAAACGUCCAUACAAUUACCUUCUUUUAGUGUUGUGUGAAGUGGCAUUAAGAGAUUAUAAUCCAGAAGAAGAUUCCAUUAGUUCCGAAAAUGCUGAAGCUACUAAUGAUCAUCAGCCAAAUGAAUUGACCAAUAAUCAAUCACCAGAAACAGGUUUUUCUGAUGAAGAAGACACCGACAACGAUGACUCGUCUAAUGAUGAGUCCGUUUCGGAAUCAGAACAUUUUACUGAUGAAAGUGACUCAAAUUGGCAACCAAUCGAGGAAGUUACCCCUAAAAGGAGAAGAUUACACAUAAAUCCUCAAGUAUAUAGUAGUGAUGAACAAGUUGCGCCAAUCAUUAAAAGAAAGAAAAUAACACCAAUUAGUCAGUCCCAAUCACCGGACUACGUGGUGAUUGGGUCAGGUGGUAACAAAGUGCCAAGGGAUGCGUACGAGAAGAUUAAUUGGAAAAAUUAUAGAAUAGCCACGAGGAAAUUAAUGAACUUGCUGUUCACUAAGAAAACGAUGGCUACCUCUUCGUUGACGGGGAAAAAGAGUCCGGCUUUUCUGCACAAAAAGUGUAAGCCGCAGUUGAACCCAAUAAUUGUGGGGGACAUUGUGGAAUGUAUUGAGAAGAACUGUGAGGUGGACCGUCAACGAAUCCGCAACGUUUUUACCACCAAAUGUGCGGAUGAGAACAAGAUAUUAAGACGGCUACAAAUUGAUAAGGGUAAAUAGGAGACAUUUUAACAUAUUGUAAAUAAUGUACAUAAUGUAAAUAACAUAAAUAAAUAUGUAGUGUAAUGUAAA